GCUUGGGGAGCGCAUACAUGGCUUGUGUGACAGCAGCGGCACACAGAAGCAGCAACGAAAUGCAGUUAGCAAUACAGCUGGGAGACAGGCAGCCAGGCAGGCACUGGUCCAGUGACUAAAAUGAUCCUACCGUGAGCCAGCCCGCAGAGCCUCCAAAAGUGGCUGACUACUACACAGGAGCUCGACUUGCUUUGCAAUUACUCCAGUUCCCCCCGGGUGACUGCAGUGUGUGCUCCGUUUUGGUUUUGUUUGCCUUUUUGUUGCCCUUCUUUUUUUUCUUUUUUUUUUUCCCUCCCCACCACCCAUCUCCCUCUCUCUCCUCCUGUGUCCUUCUCUCCAGGAUGGCGGAAGCAGAGUUGCACAAGGAAAGGCUCCAAGCCAUAGCAGAGAAAAGGAAAAGGCAGACAGAAAUAGAAGGCAAGAGACAACAGCUUGAGGACCAGAUACUUCAGCUGCAGCAUUUCAAGUCAAAAGCUCUUCGGGAAAAAUGGCUGCUACAGGGAAUUCCUGCUGGCUCUGCAGAAGAGGAAGAAGCCAGAAGGAGGCAGUCAGAAGAGGAUGAGCUGAAGGUGAAAAAGCUGGAAGAAAACAUACACAGGCUGGAACAAGAAAUACAGAAAUUAGAAAGUGAGGAAUCCCAAAUAUCUGCCAAAGAACAAAUCAUUUUGGAGAAACUAAAGGAGACUGAGAAAUCCUUCGACAACUUUCAAAAGAGUUUCUCACACCAGGACGGUGAUGCAGUAAAUUACAUUUACUCCCAGAUCCCUGAACUCCCAACCCUCUAUUCACGAACAGCAGAGCCAGUUCCUGGGCGGGACGGAGCAAGCAGAGUAGCUGCUUUGUGCACCAUGGAAAUUAAUGUGGAGAAAGACAAACAGACAGGAGAGACCAAGAUUGUCUCUGCUUCACCUAUUGGCCCAGAUGAGGCCCAUCAAAGAGGAUUCAAAGUCUAUGAUGAUGGUACCAAGGUAGUCUAUGAGGUUCACUCUGGUGGCACAGUAGUAGAAAAUGGAGUACAUAAAUUAAGUUCAAAGGACGUAGAUGAACUUAUGCAAAAAGCUGGACAAUCAAGUGUAAAAGGAGGGUAUGAAACAAUGACUGUGUCAGAGAGAAAUGCGGUAGCCGAUGGAAACCUUAGCCAUAUGAAGGAGCAAAUGCUCUUCAAGGAGGCAAAGCUGGAAAUGGUACACAAACCCAGCAAAGGGCAUGCUGUGAUCCCUCAGCCCCAAGACAAACCCUGCGGUGGCGAAGCCCUGGAGGCCAGCGCAGAUCAGCCAGUGACAAUGAUAUUUAUGGGCUACCAAAACAUUGACGACGAAGAGGAGACGAAGAAAGUGCUGGGCUAUGACGAGACCAUCAAGGCAGAGCUGGUCCUCAUCGACGAAGACGACGAGAAGUCAUUGCGGGAGAAGACAGUGACGGACGUCUCCACCAUGGAUGGGAAUGCCGCUGAGCUGGUCUCUGGCAGGCCCCUGUCGGACACGACAGAGCCCUCCUCUCCCGAGGGGAAGGAAGAGAGCCUGCCCUUGGAAGCUGCCCCAGGCACAGGAGGAUCGGAUAUGCUGCCGAGGGACACGCUGGGACCAUGCUCCUGUGAAAGUCCUGAAGCUGAGGAGAGUGAAGAGAAAUCUUCCAGAAUCCCUGAGGAUGACAUCAGGUUGAGAAAAAACAGAGACCAAAACUGUGCCAAUUUCUUGGAGCCAGCUACUGUGCUUGCUACAAAGGAAGAGAAAAUGGAAAUUGAAGUUCCAGUUUCUGAACAUCAAAGCAUCACCACAGUGGCUUCACCACAUCCCAUAGACAAUCCAACCCACUUCUUUUCCCCUGCUGCCAGCCACAAUGGACUUAAGGACAGGCACGAAUCUCUAGACAGUGAAGUUGCUAAAGAGAUCAGAUACCUAGAUGAAGUGCUGGAGGCAAAUUGCUGCGAUUCUGCUACAGAUAAUACCUUUAAUGGGACAUCGUCCCCUGAACCAAGUGCAGUCUCCAUUAUGGAGGGCUCAGGAGCAUCUGUUAAUGUCAAUAAUGAUUCAGUACUCAGCGAAAGGGAAGAAAAUGUAGCCGACAAGCAGGCACCCUCAGUAGUUGAACCACAUGAAGCUAGCAUAACAGAUGAGAACCUGAAAUCUAAUGGCCAUUCCUUGGGUGGACUAAAGGAAGACACUAGGGAAAGUCUGAAGGUGCCAGGAAGUCCCACUUCUUCAAACAGUUCUAGAAGAUCCUCUAAGGAUGGAGAAACAACUCUUACAACCCUUAAGAAAGAGGCUAAGUUUGAACUACGAGCCUUCCAUGAAGACAAAAAGCCCUCAAAGCUCUUUGAAGAUGAGGAAGAGAAGGAAAAAUACAGGGUCCGUAAAGUGAGACCAUCAGAGGAAAUGAUGGAACUUGAAAAGGAAAGAAGGGAACUCAUUAAAAGCCAGGCUGUCAAGAAAAACCCCAACAUUGCUGCCAAAUGGUGGAACCCUCCCCAAGAGAAGACCCUGGAGGAUCAACUGGAUGAAGAGCACCUGGAGUCCCACAAGAAGUACAAGGAGCGCAAGGAGAGACAGCAGCAGCAAGGUGCAACACCAACAUCCCCCAAACAGAUCAGCUACUCCUUUGCACCACCAGAGCCAGUCAAUAUCAAGAAAGAGGAUAUUGUCACAGAGCAAAUUGACUUCUCAGCUGCCAGAAAGCAGUUCCAGCUGAUGGAGCAUUCAGGUCCAUCUCAGGGUCAGGCACCACCAAGGCGGUCAGGAACACCCAAAAUGUUCUCCAUCAAACCCUUUUACAAAAGCCUCAAUUCUCCGCAUGUGGACAGGCCACUGUCCUCCAUGACAAGACCUGUUUCAGUGUGUGGGCAGACAGGACAGCUUGAGGGUAACAAUGCCACUGUUGUCAAAGCACAGAAGGUCUCCUGUACCUCAGAAGAUGAUAUAAGUACUCAGACUGCCACUGCUGACCCAGUAAGAGAGUUACGGAGCGGUGAUAGCCCCAGAGCUGGACAGGCCUCAAAACUGUGGGCAGAGGAUGGAGAAUUCAUGAGCGCGAGAGCAGUCUUCACAGUGGUGAAGGAUGAUGGACAGGGCGUGCUCGACCAGUUCCCAAAGUCAGCCAGCGCCUCUUCCCCUCCAGAGGAGCUUGACUCUGGUUUGGAUGACCUGUCUGUCAGGUCUCAGGAUACCACUGUCUUGGAGACCCUUUCGAAUGACUUCAGCAUGGAUAACAUCAGCGACAGUGGUGCCUCCAAUGAGACCAUGAGCGCCCUGCAGGAAAGCUCACUGGCCGAUUUCUCCCUGCCACAGACCCCGCAGGCUGACACCCCAGCAGAGUGCAGGGGCGAAGGCAUCUCCAAGUCGUUCAGCGACCUGGGCUGUGACUCACCCUCCUCAGCCUUGGCAGACUCCAUGCUGAUUGACGACCAGCUGGAGUACCACGCUGGGUUGCUGGUUCAAAAUGCCAUCCAACAAGCCAUAGCCGAGCAGGCAGAUAAAACAAACCGCAAGGAAGAGGAAAUCCCAGCGGAGAAGGAGAUCUCAGUCAAAGAGCAGCCAGCCACCACCAGGCCCACUGCAGCCUCCAAGGAGCAGCAGAACCCAAUGUUCGAGCCACCCCAGGUGUCUUCACCUGUUCAAGAAAAAAUGGACACCAUACCAAAGACUUCAAAAGAGGAAGACUCAGGACUCAGGGAAGGGAAGAAUUUGCAGCAGUCACCCGUGUACUCAGCCACCCAGCCAUUCCUUGUGGAGGAAAAUAGGCAUGAAGUCAGCUAUUUCAGCAAGUAUUCAGAGGCAGCUGAGUUGAGGAGCACCGCCUCCAUCCUGGCCACACAGGAGCCUGAAGUGACCGUGGGCCCUUUCAAGUUACGGUCAAGGAAGCAGCGGACUCUAUCGAUGAUAGAAGAAGAGAUCAGAGCUGCCCAGGAACGAGAAGAGGAGCUGAAGAGGCAGCGCCAAGGUCUGCAGGUGGCAUCAAGCCCUAUUACGAAGAGCGCACCACCCAUGCCCACUAAAACUGUGUCUUACAAGACCGCACCAGGAAAGAUAGAGAAGAUCAAGCCUCCUCCGUCCCCCACCGCAGAAGGCCACGUCUCACAGUCUGACCCACCGCCCGAGGAGCCUGCGGGAGCCCAGCGACCCAAGAACCUGAUGCAGACCCUCAUGGAGGAUUACGAAACACACAAAACUAAGAGAAGAGAAAGGAUGGACGACAGCAGUUACACCUGUAAAUUACUGUCUAGCAAGGUUACUUCUGAGGUCCUAGAGGCGACCAGGGUGAACCGCAGAAAGAGCGCUCUGGCACUGCGUUGGGAAGCCGGCAUUUACGCCAACCGGGAGGAGGAUGAAUAACCACGCAGCAGCAUGAAGACAGCGACGAGGCAUGCCGAAACCAAAAAAAGAGAGAAAGGAAGGAAAAAAGCAAACACAAAAAACCACCACGAAAGCAGCAGCAUUUUAGUCCAAUAUUUAUUAAGUACACAACAAACUCAGUGAUGCACAUAGACACAGAAGUGAUCCAACUCCUGGCAAUCCUAAAACAACAGGAAAACCCCACCUAGAAAAUACCCCCUUCUCCUUUUCUCCAUCCCCAUCUCUGAAAUGAUGCAAUGGGGAAGGUGCAGGGGGUGGGAGCCAUCGGGGCUGGGGGGGACAAGGGGCGGUCGUCCCCACAGACCGGAGAGGCUGCAGGCGCAUGGUGGGAGGUCGGCGUGGAGGAGCCUGCAGCCAGGGCUCAGGCUCGCGCUUCCCGCUAGCCGAAUUGACUGCCCUGCCUUGCCCCUGGGGACCACCGUCCCUGCAGAAGCUCCCAUCGGACGCUCCUGCAGCUCCUUCGCCUCCCACGGCCGCUGCACCAAGACCGUCAGCGUUACUUUGGUGUACUCUAUCCAGCCACAAAACACCAUAUUGCCCUCUGUUGCUAUUUCUUUUGAGGGCUCUGAAGGCUUGGGUUUGGGAUUAGGGUGGUUUUUUUAGGGGGAUGGGUUCUGCUCCCCCGUCUAGUAAUUUAUCUGUUUAAAAGGAAAAAACAAAAAAAACCCCAACAGGGCGGCAGUUAUUGCAAAUGUACAAUCCAGUAGACUCAGUAAAACAGUCCUUGUGUUGCAAACACAAGCCAUCACAAUUUAGGAGUGGAAUAGAUGGGGAUGAGAGCUAAGCCAAAUGGAUUACCUUAGCUUUAGGAUCCUAUACGCUUGCAAUAUCACCUGAGCUCCAGGUUCUCAGAGCAUAUUUACGUAACAAAGUUUCUAAAUAUAAAAUCUGUAUUUAGUGGAUGACAACUAUUUUUUGAUGGUGGGGAGGGAAAAGAAUGGCAUAUGUGUAAAAUCUAUGAAGAAGGAUAAUCUGAAGUAGAAAGGUAGUGGGAAAGGGAUACAAAUAAAGGACAUUUAAUUUUUAAAUGACGCAAUAAUUGAACUAAGCCAGACUCUGGCCUAGAAAGAGGUAUGAAAUAAAGAAGAAAGAUAGUUAACGUCUUCAAUUAUAUUUAUACAACAUAAAAAGCCUUUGAAGUAGAGUGCUUUGUGGAAGGCUUCACGUUUCCAGGCAACAAAAAAAAAAGCUAAAGGGCAUAACAAGUUGGGAGGAGCGAGCAAGGAAGAGCAGACAAGGGAAGAAAACAUUACUUUUACCAUUCAGCCAGUGUUUUCAGUGCUACGAGCAAACCGUAGAGCCUUUAGUUACUGCUUAGGCUUGGGAUCAGCAGUGAAGGAUUAGUGUGGAUCUGUGUGUGCGUGCGUGCGUGUGUGCAGGUGUGAGUGCCGGUGUGUGCGUGAGGCUGGCAUACCACAGUGUAUGGCAGCGCGUGAACUGAUUAUUUCCUCCAAAGCUGUUUACCAGCUAUAGGGGCGAGUGCUAAUUUCUUUUGUUUGUUGGUUGUUUUGUUUUUUUUUUUCUCAAAGGGGAUAUAAAAACAAGGCACUGAGUUAAUGCAGUAUUUGUGAUAUUAAAAUUUGACCCAACAUGGUAUUUGCAUGAGUCACAAUUGCAAAGUAUUGACCAGUUUUGUAAGCUGACAAUUAGGAAAAGAAAUGUGGUAUUUAUUCUUGUGCUUUGUAUUUGUACGUAGUAUAGGGACUGCGGGUUUACUCUUUCUUUUCACGCAAGCAAUACAAUAGGAGUAUUUUACAACUGGGAACCAUAAUUUCUGGAUUAGAAACCAACAAGUUUGGGAGAUGACAGGAAAAAAAAGACAGUGAGCUUUUUUCUAUAUAAAAAAUACUGUCUUUUUUAUAAAGAAACAAUUAUUUUAUUUUGACAUCUUUUUAAACAAUCAUCAGCCAGGAUACUGGUCCUCCCUUAAGCCUUUCCUUGGUUUCAUAACCUGCUGUGCUGUUUUCUCCUGAAACAGUGAGCUCAUUUAAAAUGAGUACCGAUACUGUGAACAUACUUCUGGUGCUUUUCUUAAACAAACACAGAGCUUGCAACCAAAUGACUCCUGUCCCCAUCCCCCUCCCUUCCUCCAGCAUGUGAUUUCUGUCCAUGGAUGCUAUCAUUUUGUGGCUUGUUUUCAGGGACUUGUAGCAAAUACAAUUAUAUAUACGCGUUAACUCAGUUCUGUCAAUUGUCUCCCUAAGUGCUAUUGAAGAGAAGAAAACCCUGCUGAACUGAGCGUUCACUGUGGUAAGGGCAGCAAGCUUAUCUGAAGGAUGCUCUCUAAACCCAGAUGCAUGGGGUGGCACCAUGCCUGUGAAGGAAGUACAUACCCAAUGAAGUGGACCCGUUGUCCAGACAUGGCAAUCAGCAGUGAUCUGUGACUCACGUCUGCAGGCGGGUCGUUACCAUAAGACUGUAGGAAAAGCAACGCCACCAAUGCAGCCCUCGAGUGAGACCAUACGUCGUGUAGCCACAUCCAUGAGCUCUGCGCAUCUGUACCAAGAGGAGUCCUGGCUCCCUCCAGCCUUGGGGAGAGUGUAAGUGAGAGUGGGAAAAGGGGGUUUCCUGAGCAGAGGAGACGGCCCCUGAACUUACGAUGAGGUGGUCUUGCACCAAACGACGCUCUUCAGAGUCUCCUCCAAUAUUAGCUCCCUGAAACUGGGGCAGCCCUGGUCUGCUUUCCCAGGAACCUGCAUCUUUAUUUUCUUUAUUCAACCUGAAGGUUGUUUUUCCCUCCUGCUCUCUCAACUGUGAACCAGUGGUAUUGAUCACCCAUCAUGAGACGUCUCUUCAUGCUUUGCCACAUCUUCCCCUACUGCCACAAACGGCCCUCAGUCUUUGAAGGGAAAAUUAAAUUGCUCUAAGGAAGGGGAUGUUGUGGUGAGGAGAGGCCGGGCAGGAGUCCUCUGCACUAGGAGCAUUCGCUUUCAGCCCCUGCGACAAAAGUCUUUGCGUGUGUCAGUGCGGGACAGCCAAACUUUCCACCCAGCAGAGUUUUUCUCUUCCAGAAAUUAUGGACACUCGAGGUCAGCAGCACACAUUCAGUGCUGCGGUAACGCGAGUGCGAUGCAGUUUACUUGCCUCUGUUAUUUCAUUUGCAUGCUACCAAGCUUAGGUGUUUAUAAGUAUACGCCAGUAAUACAUAUCUAUCUAUAUAUAAAUAUAUCAAAUGCAACAGAAGAGCACUAUUGCAGAGUUAACUUUGUCUCCACAAAAGAAGCGCUCAGAUCCUUUCCCGUGGCAAAGACUGGUUUUAAUGAAACUGUGUAUUGAGAAAUAGUUAAGCAUUAGCAUUUGUGAUUAUAAUCACUUUGGGGUUACAGUGCAGGUUUUCUGAACAAUUUGUUUUAAAAGCUGCCAGUUUGGGCUUCAUCUUGCUCCGUACUGACAUUAUCUGAAGGAAAAUACAGUAGCAUUGACAUGUUUGGCAACCAAAAGGUGGCAUCCUUGUCAUGACUUAUCAACCAGUUUCAACAAUACCUGGCUUUCUGUAUGUUAACCACUUAAAUGUUAUCCUGCUUCUGUUUUAUAGUGACUGUGAGGCCUACAAUGCAAGUAUAUAAUUAUUUUCUCAUUAAAACAGAAACCUGUGUUGUGU